UUCCAUUCCCUUUAAAUUUAAAUUAAGACAAUAAAAUGAAUCUAACAGUCAGAGUUUGUAACUUGUAUGCAAAUGAGUUAGUCCGGUUGGUCAUGAGAUAUGCGCUUGCUCCUCUUGCACUUGAUUUCGAAAUCUCUAAGUAGGUGAUGGGAUAUGUUUGUCUUAUUUUCCCUUCCCUUUUUAUUUGUGCAUAUGUUCGUGAAAUAAAUACUUUAGACACCUCUGAGUUAUGUCUUCCGAAGUACAAAUACCAGAAUCUUGAGUUUCGGAGGGAAAACCAGACAAUGCAACCAAGUAACGAUAAUGCAAUUGCAACCCCACCUCCGUCCCAAAUCCAUUUCCCUCCUCACCAAUUCUCCACACCCACUAUCUCUCUUCUCUCUCUUCGCCUUCUCUUCUCUUUCCACUCCCCUCUCUCACUCCUCUCCCAUCUCCCCGUCUUCUUCUUCCUCCUCUCAAUGGUUCUCCGUCCUCCGCGCUGCCAUUGCCGCCGCAGACUUGCCGCUCGGGAAGCGCGUUCACGCGCUGAUUAUAACCUCCGGCGACGACCCGGGUCAUUUCUUGACCAACAACCUCAUCACCAUGUAUUCCAAAUGCCGGUGUCUGUCAACCGCACGCCGCGUGUUCGAUAAAAUGCCCGGCCGAGACCUUGUCUCAUGGAACUCCAUUCUAGCGGCCUAUGCGCAGGCUGCGGGCUCUGAUGCUGACAAUGUUCAAGUGGGUCUUGGCCUUUUCCGGCGUCUUCGUGAAUCUGUUGUUUUUACCAGUCGGCUCACUUUGGCGCCGGUUUUGAAGCUGUGUUUGCUCUCAGGGCAUGUUUGGGCUUCGGAGGCGGUUCAUGGGUAUGCUGUUAAGAUUGGAUUGGAGUGGGAUGAGUUUGUUUCUGGUGCUCUUGUGAAUAUAUAUUCUAAACUCGGACGAAUUAAGGCUGCCCGUGUGUUGUUUGAUGGGAUGAUGGAAAGGGAUGUGGUGUUGUGGAAUACAAUGCUUAAGGCAUAUGUGGAAAUGGGUCUUGAGGAAGGACUUUCUUUCUUCUCUGCUUUUCAUCGAAGUGGAUUCCGUCCUGAUGAUGUUAGUGUGCGCUCUGUUCUCAGUGGGAUUGACAGAAUUGAUUAUUUUGAAGGCAAGAGGCACAUGGAGCAGGUUCAAGCAUAUGCAAUGAAAUUGUUUUUGUAUGAUACUAAGUCGGAAUCUUUGGACAUAUAUUCGUGGAACAAGACAUUGUCCGAGUAUGUUAAAGCUGGUGAAAAUUGGGCUGCUGUAGAAUGUUUUAUAGAUAUUGUAAGAUCAAAAGUAGAGCUUGACAGUGUAACAUUAGUUGUUAUUCUGUCUGCGGUUGCAGGUGUAAAUGACUUGGACUUGGGGAAACAGAUUCAUGGCAUUGCUUUGAAAUCACAUUUUGAUUCUGUUGUUUCUGUUGCAAAUAGCCUUAUCAACAUGUAUUCAAAGGCUGGUUCUGUUUAUUCUUCAAGAAAAGUGUUCAAUCGCAUGAAAGAAGUGGACCUAAUUUCCUGGAACUCGAUGAUAUCAUGUUGUGCACAAAGUGGUUUAGGAGAGGAAGCGGUAAACUUGUUUAUGGGCUUAUUACAUGAUGGUUUGAGACCUGAUCAAUUUACUGUUGCAAGUGUUUUAAGGGCUUGCUCCUCGCUUGAAGAAGGGUUGUCAGCCAGCAAACAGAUUCAUGUUCAUGCUACAAAAUCCGGCAUUGUUGCUGACAGUUUUGUUUCGACGGCUCUUAUUGAUGUUUAUUCUAGAAGUGGAAACAUGGAGGAUGCAGAGGUCCUCCUUGGAAACAAACUUAAAUUCAAUCUGGCGUCUUGGAAUGCAAUGAUGUUCGGAUACAUAAUGAGUAAUGACUGUCACAAGGCAUUGGACCUUAUGAGGAUGAUGCACGAAGGUGGACACAGGCCGGAUGAGAUAUCUUUAACAACUGCGGGUAAGGCUGCUAGUAGCCUGGUAGCUUUGGGACCGGGAAAGCAAAUUCAUGCUCAUGCCAUAACAGGGUUUGUUUUGGAUUUAUGUGUUAACAGCGGAAUUCUAGAUAUGUAUAUCAAAUGUGGAGACAUGGGAAGUGCACACACAGUUUUCAAUUACAUCCCUGCACCCGAUGGUGUUGCAUGGACAACUAUGAUCUCAGGAUGUGUAGAAAAUGGAGAUGAAGUGCUCUCUCUUUCUAUAUACCAUCAGAUGAGGCAGUCACGAGUGGAGCCUGAUGAAUAUACCUUUGCCACCCUUGUCAAAGCCAGCUCAUGUUUGACAGCAUUAGAACAGGGAAAACAGAUACACGCUGAUGCUAUAAAGUUGGAUUUUUCCUCGGACCCUUUUGUCGCGACAUCACUUGUUGACAUGUAUGCCAAGUGUGGCAACAUAGAAGAUGCUUAUCGUUUAUUCAGGAGGAUGGAUGUUAGGAACGUCGCCCUGUGGAAUGCCAUGUUGGUCGGUUUAGCUCAGCACGGAAAUGCUGAAGAAGCACUAAGCCUUUUCAGAGUCAUGAAAAUGAAGAACAUCGAGCCUGAUAGAGUUACUUUCAUUGGAGUCCUUUCUGCUUGCAGCCAUUCUGGUUUAGUUUCCGAAGCUUAUGAGUAUUUUUCUACAAUGCAGAAAGAUUACGGUGUUGAACCUGAGAUUGAACACUACUCUUGCCUAGUUGAUGCCCUUGGCCGUGCAGGUCGAGUCCAAGAGGCAGAAAAGCUGAUAGCAUCAAUGCCCUUUGAAGCUUCUGCCUCAAUGUAUAGAGCCCUUCUAGGUGCUUGUAGAGUUAAAGGGGACACCGAAACUGGAAAACGAGUUGCAGCACAGCUCCUGGCCAUGGAGCCAUCUGACUCCUCCGCCUACGUGCUUUUAUCCAACAUCUAUGCGGCUGCCAACCAAUGGAAUGUCGUAAAUGAUGCCAGAGCAAUGAUGCAGAAACAGAAUGUAAAGAAAGAACCCGGUUUCAGCUGGAUAGACGUGAAGAACAAGGUACAUUUGUUUGUGGUAGACGAUAAAUCCCAUCCACAAGCAGAUGUCAUACACGACAAGGUGGAGGAGAUGAUAAAGCGAAUCGGGGAAGAAGGGUACGUCCCGGAUACGGAGUUUGCACUGGUGGAUGUGGAAGAAGAGGAGAAAGAGCGGUCUCUGUACUACCACAGUGAGAAGCUAGCAAUAGCGUAUGGACUCAUAAGCACUCCUCCGUCGGCCGCCAUUCGGGUGAUAAAAAACCUGAGAGUUUGUGGAGAUUGCCAUAAUGCAGUGAAAUACAUAUCAAAGGUUUAUCAGAGAGAGAUUGUUUUGAGAGAUGCAAAUCGCUUCCAUCGGUUCAAGGAUGGAACUUGUUCUUGCGGUGAUUACUGGUGACAUUAUAAAUUCAAAAUUCGUUUGUUUAUCAAUUAAUUACAAGUUUUCUUUAAGUACUUUACGAA